UGUCGUCAUCAUUCUCCGCCAUAUUGUUAGAGGAAAUUGAGGAGGAAAGUGCCUGGAAGGCAGUAGUUCUCGAAUGCCUGACUAUCCACGUCAACAAGGACUUUUCGAUGUCUUAGGUUUCUAAUUCAUUGUCAUAUCUAUGCAUAUGCUGUUCUGAAGGUGAUUUAGUGGUGUAGUUGCUGUUGUGGCCUAUCCAUAGAUCAUGACUUCCUUAACACAGAGAAGCUCUGGCCUUGUGCAAAGACGGACCGAGGCCUCGCGAAAUGCAGCCGCCGAUAAGGACCGCGAAUCUGGGGAAGACGACGAGUCUCGCCGUGAAGAGGAAGAGGACGAGGACCAGGGAGAUUCCAAAGAAACCCGGCUGACAUUGAUGGAAGAAGUUUUGCUUUUGGGAUUGAAGGACCGAGAGGGCUACACAUCAUUCUGGAAUGACUGCAUUUCAUCUGGGCUUCGCGGGUGUAUGCUAAUAGAGCUGGCUUUGAGAGGACGGUUACAUCUGGAGCCAUGUGGCAUUAGGAGGAAAAGCCUGCUGGCAAGAAAGGUCAUCUGUAAGUCCGAUGCACCUACGGGGGAUAUGUUGCUGGACGAGGCCCUCAAACACAUCAAAGAGACUCAGCCUCCCGAGACGGUCCAGAGUUGGAUCGAGCUGCUGAGUGGGGAGACGUGGAACCCAUUAAAGCUGCACUUCCAGUUGCGGAACGUGCGUGAGCGCCUGGCCAAGAACCUGGUGGAGAAGGGCGUGCUGACCACUGAGAAGCAGAACUUCCUGCUGUUCGACAUGACCACGCACCCGCUCACCAACAGCCCCAUCAAGCUGCGGCUGGUGCGCAAGGUGCAGGAGUCGGUGCUCGACCGCUGGGUGAACGAGCCGCAGCGCAUGGACAAGCGGUCGCUGGCGCUCAUCUUCCUUGCCCACUCGUCCGACGUGCUGGAGAACGCCUUCGCGCCCCUUCUGGACGAGCAGUACGACCUGGCCAUGAAGAGGGUGCGGCUGCUGCUGGACCUUGACCCCGAGGGCGAAGCCGCGAAGUCGGGGGCCAACGAGCUGCUUUGGUCCGUCGUGGCCGCCUUCACCAAAUGAGUCGUGGGAAGAAAGACGGGGGGGUUUAGAGAAAAUGGUUGACAAUUUUUAGCUUGCUCACGGAGGCAGACUUGGAGACACAGAAGGCUGUUGGCCUUGGAGCCUGCUCUUGUAGCUCCCAUGUGUGGACCCCUGUGAGAAAGGUGGUGGAAAUGCUUAGAAUGUUAAUUAAGAUAAUAAUUAUGAUGACAUUGACGAUCGGGGGAGACUUUUUUUUUUUUUUUUUUUUUCUUCUUUUUCCUUUUCUUUAGAUCAACCUGUUUCUGACCUUUUCUUGGCCACAAAACAAAUGCAGUUGACUGUGAGGAUUCAUGUAAUUGGAGCACUUGUGUGAUUCUACCUGGUUUCCCUUUAACACUUGAGUAGGAGUGCGACUCGGGAGGGGAAACGUGGAAUCUUCUUUCAGUGUGUGCGUUGUCUAGGCUCCUCCUUCGUCAGGAAGAGAAAAACAACAGUGCUGCUGAGCGUCUCCCAGGCGAUGAUGAAUCAGACCUAAACUCAAGCCUACUUGACACUCAAAGCUCCAUUUCUGUCAUGUGUGUCUGAACCUGAGGACUAAGGAAAAUGCCUUUGGGCUCUCAGCCAGGGUGAUCAUUGACCCCUGCUUUCCAAUUACGCUAAUGAACACUAACAUCUGCCACCCACUAUACUCAUCCAAUUGAAACUCACUUUUAACCAGUGGUAAAGCGGUAGGAAGGGACCGUUUUCUAAGUUAUGGAUAUCAAAUCGAUGAAGGGAAACCAGAAUAGCUGUGGCGUGUUUGGCUGCCAGUUUCUGCAUGCCUGUGCUGCUGGCAUCAACGGUCCGCCACAUUGUGUGUGUGUACGCACGGUGUCACAGUUUCAUGUGAAAGACAUUCCCCUUUACAGGCCCCAGAAGAUAAGACGGCUUCCAGACUUGAUUGGGCAUGAAUGUAGGUCUGUUUAGUGGUUAUAAGUGGACUGUGAUCCCCCCCAUUAGGUUAUGUGACAAAUGGGAACUGUAAGAGUAGGAUGACCGUUCAGCAUAAAAGCAUCAUGCUGUGCAGGUUUGUGAAGUAUCAUUUACAAACGCUGGUGUCGGUGAUAAUGUGAUAUGUGGAUGAGAAUGUUUAUGUGUAGGGUGUUUGUAUGCACAGGUGUAAUAUGUAGCUUGAUCUACGUAAUCUCAUAGUGUAUUACUCUAGGAUCUGCCCUGUUCCAACUCACUGUUUGGGCAGACAUUGUUGUAAGCUUGAAAAACAGGGCUUAUACAUUGUUUUUUUUUCAAUGCCAGUUAACAACCUUUUUGGGUUUGUAAAGUAUUUUGGCAAAGACAGAAAUCUUAAAGACGUUUGCCAUCUAUUGUCAUACACCUGAACGAAGUCAGCUAAUAGCCGUUACCAAACCUUAUGCCCAGUCUACCCAGCAGUUCUAUUGUUUGUGUUGGCCCUGUGGUCUGCUGGUGCAGACAAACAACUCUUUGACCUCAAUCUCUCAUAGAGAUUGGUCCAUGCCCCUUAUGCUCUCCCCGGAACCUUCCUCGCCUUGCUUUCAGAUACGUCUACACAUUUGUUAAGCAAGUGGAGCUUGCCUUUUUGGGGGACUAGCUAAUUGCUUUCCUUACAAUAAGCAAACUCACUCAGGUGCUGCUGAGAUGAUUUUGGACAGGUACUACUCGGAAGUUAUACUGUUGUCCCAGGACAGCUGGUGGAGACACUCACCCUUGUACACUAACGCCUCAUGAGGCCUCGCUAAACAAGAACGGCACGCCUAACUUUGCUGGAACGAGAGGCAUUUUUAGUUUGGCAUUUUUUUUAAAUAAUUUCACCACCUCCGUAUUUUUCAUAUUAAACCAUUUGUUUUUCUACUUGUCAACGCUUUUAUGACAUUAAUUCCCUUGUACAUUUUUGUUUUUAAUGAAGUGUCUCUUCCUCUUUUUGGUUUUUCCUGCUUCUCUUUGUCUUUGGACAUCUUUUUUGGCUAAUCGGUUCCCUCUUCGGUGGUUGUGUUGUGUGAGCGAGUAGACGAAGUUUGAUUGAGAGAAAGGGGUGGGGUGCACUGCUUGUUUUCUUUAAGGUGAGCAGGGAUCAGAUCUGUAGAUGUAUCGUUGUACUCCGAUGUACUCAAACAUGUCGUAUGUAAAUGUAUUUCCGAGACUACAUGAAAGGGAUCCUGAUUUGUACACUUGCUUUUUACCACAUAAUAAAAGAAGAUCUUUUAAGUGCCUGAAA